AUGCUGUUUGAUGCAUCAAAGGAAUUUGAGGCAAGCAGUGCUUCACUCUCUCUGGGAAAAAGUUGUCUCGGGUAAAAGGCUCAGCCGCCUACCCAAGCCAGUAGCGGAUCUAGAGAAGGGGCCAAGGGGGCUCGCCCCCUCCCCCUUUAUUGUUAGACCGCCACUUCGAGCCACCCUGGGCGAGCCUGUUGUUGGGUGACCUGUUUUCCUUGGUAAGGUCACCAUCCUAGCUGAGCCAACUUUUCUCCAUAUAAUAAAAAAUAAUCAACUUUAUUUAUAUAGCGCUAUUUGAGUCCAAAAGCUCAAUAGCGCUUUACAGAAUUCAUAAGAAAGAACAAUAAUGAAAAUAAAAAGAAUACCUGACGAACAACAUUAAAGUUUCAACUUAAAGAUUCUAAACUACACUAAAAACUAAGGCCCUAAAAAUUAAGCUGUCGUUACGAUUCUUUCGUGUAUAUUCCUGUAAACAGAAGAAGAGCGCCCGAGCAGAGGAGUACAUUCGGAUGAUCAAAGAACGUCUUUCUGAGGCUGUCCAGCAAUGUAUCCACGCCGCUGCCGGGGAACGUGAGCCUGCAAUACAAAGAGGACUUCUGAGGGUGAGUGUAGUUUCUGAAGUAGUCAUGGUAACCACAUGAUCCUUAUGUUCAGUUGCUACGUUUCGAUUUUCACAGCAACCCGCCCCCAGGGGGUGGGGGAGUUGUUGACAAGUUUAAGAUUUCUUACACAGUGAUUGGUGCUCUGUAAACUGCCAGAUAAAUUUAGCAUUGUUUGAAAACAUACAUUAUCUGUCUUCCGUUUCAAAAUCACCACCUCCUACUGAAAAAGUUUUAGUUAAUCUGCCGAAGUUCCUUCAAAUUCGCUUGGGCAUAAAUCGUUGAACGUGAUGCCGUGAAAAGAAAAUCUGUACUCAGUAUAUCUGGGUAAUUUGAAUUGAAAGCGAAAGAGCGGAAAUAGUUCGUCCAUUAUGUUUCUAUUUGAGGAGUGUAGUAAGAGACAUAAAGGACUUUAUUAAUGCUUUCGACGAACGCGUCAUUCAGUGAUUUUUUAGUUAUACAGGAUGAAUUGAAAAUAUAGCAAAUCUCAGCGAGUGGUCAACAUUCGCCAAUAACACUGCUCUGUUACCAUCUACCAAGCGAAGUUUGCAACGUCGCUUGGUCAGAGAUUUUAGGCGGGAAAUAGUUCUCGUGUAACAUGUCAUGUGUCCUCGUAGUAACCAAUAAGAGCUCUCCGGCGGUCGAUGUUGGGGAAAGUUCCACCUGUAGUAUAACCGGUUUUUUUACUGAUCUCCGCUGUAAUCUUUUCUUCUCUUUGCUAGGCUGCUUCCUUUUGUGAGAGUUUUCUAACUGAUAUGCCGCCACACGCGUUUGUUUCGAUGUGCCGGAAUCUUAGAGUGUUAAACGCCGUGCGGGACUACAUGGUUGGAAUUCCAGUUACAUAUGGACAAUAUUCUUUAUCUUAAUUCAAGAGUGAACCAAAUUUCAGUUGUUGCAAAAGCCUCUUCUCACAGGUUACGUUUUGCCCAAUUGCAGCGUGUGUUGCAGCAAGUGUACACUAUGCUAGCCUCCGUAGCAACACGAAAUUUUUUUUUUAUUUUUCGGGUUAAUUUGCAAUUGCUUAAAUUGAAAUUUCCGCUGCGACGAUCAUAUCUUCAUUGAAACUUGCAUUUCCGCAGUUCACAUCAUCUUCAAGUAAGUUAUCAUUGCUCUAGUCCCAACACUUUCGACGAACUUGCGCGGAAACUUUUUCUUCUUAGUCUAACACUAUGCCAGAUAGCUCUUGCGUCGGGACAGAAACCAUAUCGGAGAGUGUUUCUGUCCACACAAGAGAACGGUGAUUUCGGUGCGAUUUAUGUAACGGGGCAAAACUGCGGGGUUUAAAUUACUUUUUUUUUUUACAGGGAACGAACGAGAUAUGUUCCUUUUUCUCUUUUUUGAAACGGAUAUGUUAAAAGUACGUUAACACAGUUUUCAAUUUUGUGGCUCUUAUUAAGUUCUUAAAGUGGGCUCCAUUUUGCUUUUUUGUCCUCUGAGAGUACUCUGGUUAUUUUCAAAAAUUAUCCAAUUUUGACGCCUUGACGAUCGUCUUAGACUGGAAAAACUAACAAUGAAGACCUUUAUCGACAGGUGAGUUUUGUUUUUGUCACGCUGUUUGUUAUCUUUUUAAAAAAGGUAAAACGUGCAAUGCUUAAGCAUUUUUUGAGGGGGAGGGGGCGGUAAAAAAGGUGUAUUGCAUAUAGCUGGAAAUUUUUUCAUAACAGUGCGCGCUCUCAUUAGUUUCUCCGAGGUCACAUGACCGUUACAGCGAGGGAAGCGAGGUUUAAUGAAUUUCCAGCUAUAUAGCCUCUGGAAACGUUGAGAUUCUCGGAAAACAAAUAUAACUGUUUCCCUCGAGACCAGUCAUUAAGUGUUUAAGUGUUUAUUCCACUGUGAAACGUUCAAUAAGUUCCGAGCUUCAGGUGAGAAUCAAACUUACGACCUUUCGAGUUCGAGAUCAGACGCUCUUCCCACUGAGCUGCAGGGAGCUCUAUAGUGUGGAGGGUCGAAAUUUUUAUUGAUCAUACACCAGACCCGCUAUAGUACAUAGUACGAAAUAGUACUUUUAAGAAAAAAAUAGCAAAAUGAAUAUGAUGUAUGUCCGAUAACCUUUCUCUUUUGCCUGACUAAAAUGGUAACGUGGUUGGACUUAAGUCAUUUCUAAAUAUCAAAAUUAUUUGCAUUCCUAGUGAAUAUAAAACAAGUUGAAGCAAAGUUAUUGUUUUUUUACUUGCCUACUUUCCGUGUCUAAACCGUGUUUACUACAUUGAUUUUUCCACCAACAGACCUGGAGAUGGAAUUAUUUCCCUUAAGUUUAUUUUAUUACCGUUUAUUUUCUGCUCCUGUAGGCUUGUUUUGAGGCGUCACUACUGUCUGGCCAUAAGAAUCUGUGAUUACUGGAAGAUUCCUAAGGGGGAGGGUGCCAGUCGCAUCCUUGGACACUUCGCUUGUUAUAAAGUCAGUGUAACCAGCGGAUACCGGUUGGCUGUUACCUAUAUGUAAGCAGGGGUCUUCCCGCAAUCAGCUUAUGGCUGGUAAUUAAUAAAAUUGGUAAUGGUGAAUUAUAGUUGUGGCAGUAGACACAACUGGGGUUGGGUGUCCGGUGGUUGUUUCAUGUGCUGAAUUUGGCACAUUGCUCUUCGUGUUUGUGUAUUUAUCAAAGAUCACAAAAUCAACCUAUGAAAAGAUCUAGAUCAAUUAGAGUGGAUCGAACGCGGUGAAGACAGCGUGGCCAGGCGCCUAUCACGUUGUUUUCGCAAUCCGCCGGUCCUGGUUGGAGUCUUACUCUAGCCACUUGCUGAAUUUAUUCGCGGUAUUUCCAAGUUCAGAUACCUGGUCAUGCUUGUAAAUAGCCAACUGGUUUCCUCCUGCCAGCUGGGGUUUUUAAUCCUGUUGUGUUCUAUUUCCUCAAUAAAUAAACAGUUGGCCUUUCACUUGGCUGGGAUGAUCACAUUGAAAUUAACUUCUCCGCCCUAGUAGAAUACAAUAGUGUCCGUAAAUAGUUUUUCUUGUGUUUAAUAUAUUGACAUUUCUUUCGAUCCUUCACCUCUUCAAAACUUGCUUUUCUUGUUUAAACAGGUUCAGCAAGCCAAUGUUGAUGACGAAGAGAUUGCUCGUGCCAUCAACUCCAAGCUCGGAGAGACUCCUGGGAUAUCUUACUCAGAAAUAGCUUCAAAGGCAGUGGACUGUGGACGAACUCACCUGGCCAUCAAGGUUAGUUGAGAGCAUUCACAUGAACAGUAUAAUUAUAGACUAUACGUUCCCAGUUCAAUUUGGGACAUAAACUGGUGUCUUCCGUUAGUAUUUCCUUGCUAAAUGCACGAGGUUCAAAAUAACGAGGGUUGAUAUAGAAUGGGAUUUUUACCUGCGGGAUGCGUUUACUGUGAGUAAUCAAGAAUUGUUUCCGUACCUGGAGUAUUAAGACCUCGCUUGCUUUCAGCGCUGCACUUUAUCAGCCAGCUUAAGCAACGACGACGACGACGGCAGUGAAAACGUCACUAAGAAAAUGAAUUUCCCGCGUCCUUUUAAUCUUUAUCGCGUCUAUUUGGAACCGCUUAAUUCGUUAAAUGUAGGCGACUUUUCCUGGAGUUAAAUUCCUAUUGUCUUUAUCCAUGUUCAAAUAGAGAACGGAAAAUUUGUUUUCGUAUGUCCAUGUCCUCCAUAAAACGUCGCAUUGGGAGGUUUCACGUCGUAGUCGUGCAGUGGACGUCAAAGAAAUGUACCAAAAAGCGUGAUUCACAGAGCAGUCGUUUUGCUCAUAAAACCAAUUGUUGUUUGACGUUGUUGUUGUUGCAAAACAACGGGCGCUUUCCAUUCAACCAAAACGUUCGAAAAUUGGAAACAGCGGCAAAUGGUACAGAAAUGUCCAGGAAAAGUUUCUAGAAAUUCCGAAAGAUGUUGAAUUUCCGAAAUGUGAACCAUGCAUUCAAUCGAAAAUUCUAGAAAUUCCCGGAAGCAAAGUUCAAUGAAAAAAAAAAUUUCGGAAAAAUUUUUUUUAAAAUUUGGGCACCCGUCGAGAAACAAAACUUACGGCUGCAAAGAAGAGCAAUGGGGGAAAGGAACAUCGAGGGUUUUAACAACUGAAGUUUUUAAUUCAAUAUAAAAAAACAUGUUGAAGUUUUAUGCUCUAGCCCUUCGUCAGACUGACCGAAGGGUUAGCACUCGAAAUGUCCCUACUAUGCCAAAUUUCCUAUGUCAACUUAAUUGAUUAAUAUAAAUUCUUAGCUUUCACCGUGGUUCGCUCGAGGGGUUACCAACAUGCUCGUUUCAUGGGACGUCAACAACACCUGGAACAGACCGGAUCAGAUCAAUCUCUGUAACUGACUGAAUAACGAAAGGUAAGGGAUAGUGCCUCUGGGAAUGAUCUGAUCCGGUUCCGCGGUCCAGGUUUGGCCAACAGCCCUUCUCGUGGCUUCGCCUCCUGUGCCUCCUCGAGGAGACCUGCCUACAGCCUGGCUUAAAGCCAGCCUUGACCUCUAGCUGGAGUAAUCUCACCAUAGUAAGUUCGUCGUUUGACAAUCGGUAAACGAGCCUAUCAUACCCAAUUCAUGAUUCAUAAUGUAUCUUUCAAGGUACUCAUAUCUUCUUGUUUUUUUUUUUUUACCUGUAGCUUUUGGACUAUGAGGCGGAAGCCGCUGACCAAGUUCCACUGCUCAUGCGCAUGAAUAAAGAUGACCUAGCUCUCGAGAAGGCCAUUAUGAUUGGAGACACGGAUCUGAGUGAGUUGUGAGUGGGUACCACUGCGGUUAGCUACAGCAGUUUGGUGAUUUUUUAAGUUCGUUUUUGUUUCGUCGUUGUCGCUCAAAAGCCGACUUAUAGGAAGGUCUAUCUUAAUGUUGAAAUUGUACCAAUGGUUCAAAAAAAUUAGAAUCAACUUUUUCUCAGCCUAAAAGUUGGCGUUACACUAGCGGUGUUACAAGCACGGGCAGAGUUGCAAACCGUAAAAUAUUUUUGAACUUGUUUUGUAGCUUAUUAUUCUGAUCUUUUCUUGCCGUUGACACAAUUUCAAGUAUAUCUCAACCAUCUUGAUCCUUACAUGCCCUCCUCCAAUGGUAACAGCUUUCUCUGCUCAGGUGAUCAAAAUUGAUGGAUCCGAACCGCCGUCAUCAAAAACCCGCCUACUUGAUUUUCCCCUGUAUCUAGAUGACAUUUCAUUUUCGUUGUCUUUUUUUUCUUUCUAGUAUUUAUGGUUGUUAUGCAUUUGAAGGAUAAUCUAAUUCCUGGCGAGUUGUUGAUGGCCAUACGUUACCGUCCUGUGGCACUCAGCCUCCACAUCAAGGUGAGUCUAUGAGAAAAGAGUUGUGUAAAUGAGUGUGUAUUUGUUCAAGGCUCCAACCAAGAGAAAACUUGCCGUAAGGUCCUUCAACGUAACCCUAAUAUUGUAUUUGCUAGGAAACGUUUUUCCUUUUAUGCGUUCACUCUUUAAGAUCACAAAAAUGACGUCAAAAUGUUGGAGGAGUGAGUGGUUUUACGGUAACGUUUGUACCAUCUAAUGUCAAUUCUUUGAAAUGUCGGAGCCUCGGCAGUGACAAAUGGCUACUUGUCUAGUUAUUUGUUGUUGUUUUUCUACAAUGUCUUGGAGAAUCGCGCUCAACAGACAGAGACGAGAAGGAUCUUUCGUUUCUAUUCUCUGUACUGUCAUGAGCAAAACCUGUCGACCAAUCGGGGCGCAGGAAACGCUCGGUUAUUGUAAAUCAUUAAACUGUGUGGCAGGCGUCUUAAGAGGUAUUGAAAAAAGUGAAAGUGGGAAAGGGAAGCCUGCUCUAGGACCACCUUUUUCAUUUCUGCUACCUUUUCCCUUCACUCUCUUUUUCUCUCCCUCCCCCUUCCCUCGUUUUGUACCUGCCACGCAGGCUAUUGUGAAACCUAUAUAUUCACUUUGACAUGACUGUGAUUUGUCUGCAGUAUUGUAAGGAUCAGGAUCGCCGUACACUUGUGGACCUGUUCUACCAAGAUGACCAGUUUAUGAACAGUGGUAAUGCCUUUGUGCGGGACAGCUAUAGCGAGAAGGUAUCAUAUAAAGUAGCUUGAAAUACUAUCAUGCUUAGGAGGGGAUCUGGUCGCAAAUUGUUUUAUUAUUUUAUUUCUUUAUUGGCUUAAUAUGUAAUUUCAAUUCUGAGCAAAGGUGCGCACGCUUCACUCCGUUUCUUUAUGGCGUCAUAGAAUAUUUUUGUUGUGACUUUAUCAGACUACCAAGUUCCGCUUUUACCUCAUUUCCGCAUGGCGUUUUCCGGUUAGAAAAUGGGAGAAACUUACUCCUCUUAAGGUCAGCAGCACUCUUGUUUAUUUUGAACGUCAUUGAGAGCCGAGAAUACGUGUAGCAACUCUUAUUUUCAAUUUAACUCGUUGAUCUCUUGUGCUUAAACUGGAAACCUUUACCAAAAUUCGUUUUAAUCAUAACCAGUGAUAUCUACUACACGUGCACUUAUUGUUGCCAGCCCUCAAUUCGGCGACCACGUGACCAAAGAAACGACAAGAAUAGGAGUCGACUAAAGUCAACAAGGUAUCUGAUAUUUUUCACAGGUGUCGUAGAGCCAACAAAGCGCGCACGCCUGAAAAUCGCAACUUGCAAGGAAGACCGUCACACAAAGGGUGAGUUGCGUGACGCCUUCAGGUCUCUCUUGCAAUCUGGUCCUCAGAGCUUUUCUUAGCCUUGUCUGGCAGAACAGUCACUUUUAGUGCUAAACCAGCAGGAUCAAAGCCUUGGGAAGGUCAUGUUGCAGCUGCUCAGAAGAAAAGUCACCAGUGGUGCCUAACCCUGACCCCAAACAAUACUGAAACAAUUGAAAGAAUGACAUGUCAUUGUUUUCUGCGGCCAAUCAGGAGAGACCUUCCAAGCAGCUCCUACACAACUACCUUGGGAAGGAUAUUGGCGCUGAUGCUUUUAUUCCUUGAGAAAUGAGAGGCAAUUCGUUAUCACCCGUCGUAGAAUACAAUCAUCGUUUUCGUAUCACUUGUCAGUACAUUUGACAUAAAACCUGAUUUCUCAUGAUUUUCUUCUAUUUUUAUUGUUUAGGCAAUAGAAUCCAAGAUAAUAACAUUGUCUAAAGCACAGAGGUCUUACCAGCAAGGAGGAUUUCAGUUCUACUCAAAGGUGUGUGCUCUUGACUUUGUUUCUUUGAUUUAAAAUACUCCAAACUCCACCAACGCUAGGGUCACCCAUUUCUUACUACAGUAAAACCACUAUUAAGCGGACCCCCAAUUACGCGGACACCCUUUAUUAAGCGGACUAUAAGCCGGGUCCCGAAAUUAACGUCUUAUAUUAGCCUUUAUGACGAAUCCCAAUUCAGCGGACACCUCUAUUAAGCGGACGAGGACACUAAAAUAAAUUGUAUUUGGCUAAUUUCUAUUGUUAAAAACCUCUAUUAGGCGGAAACCGGACUGAAUUGACAAUAGUAGUAUUGGAUUAUGUCCUUGAAAUACAUACUGUAGUCGAUUUAUAAGGAUAAAUCAAUACAUUUAGCUGUCAAAAGUUCACCUAAAAGUCUUGCACCAUGUAAAGCACAGCUUCCUUAGCGUCCUUAACAACAUGGAACUUUAUCACAGUACAGAGUAACCUUUGAAUGUUAAUCGUUAACAAACAAUGUGCAAUUUUUACAAAACCUCUAUUAAGCGGACACUAGGGAAGGUCCGGAAGGUGUCCGCUUAAUAGAGGUUUCACUGUAUGUGGGAGGAACAGAAGAGGGACGUUGUGCCUUUCCUAGUAAUCUAGGAUACGGGAUAAACUUGCGAUAUUCGAACCAAAAGCACCCAGAAACUCUCAGUCAGCUGUGUUUGAUUAACAAAUACCUUGACUGUACUCUGGACUGAUAUAAAUCACGCAGGAGGAAGCGCCGGGCUAGGGCACGAAAGAAAUGUAGGGGGAAACACGAGACGUAGUCGAGUGUUUCUCCCCACUUCUCAAGUGCUUUGUAACAUAACAAAGCACAGUAAAGGUUUCUUUAGUAGUUUUAUGAUAAAGAAUCCGUUAAAUUCGCCACACAUUACUUUCUAAUUUUCAAAACAAACUGAUAAACACGCUUUUUAAGCCAAUCAGAGUGCGCGUUAUACUGCUCUGAACUAUAAAUAUCUCAAUAAAACAUUUCCUGUCAGUGAUACAUUCUAUAUACGCGCGAUUUAAUUUUUCAGGCAACAGAAGAACAAUGAAACUCAUGGUAUAAUAUCAAGUCAAACUAGAAGAGAAGUAAAGAAAGACAUUUAUGGAUCUGUCUUUCAGUGAUACUAUCUACCAGGUGUGAUAAAGACACUAAACUGUGUUAGCCUUUACCGUGGAUUUUCAAACGUUCACGAUGUGAGCUUAUUUUUAAGGUGUAACUAUCAGUACAGUUGGGCAGCUGGAUCAAUUGAGCUUUCUGGGUAACUGACCACUUCCCCCCCCCCGCCCGUCCCCCAUUAAGUCAACAGUAACACUUUUUCCUUACUUAGAGCAACAUUGUAACUUAGGGGAGGGGUAGGUAGUCAGUUACUCAGAAACGUCAAUUAAUACAAAAAGCUCUGAAAAGUAACUCUCAUUUGAAUGAUCAAAAUUAAGAUGUCAUCAAUAUAGUCAAAUACUACCUUUAACAGCUUAAUAAACAGUGCCGCUGGAAAUCUUUGUCAAAUACAAGCUUUCAUUCGAAUGGCCAUACUAAAGGAUUGUCAAAUGUUAGAAGUUGAAAUCAACAGUGUACGCUGGAAUCUCUCAGAUCUCUGCUCAGUAGCUUUUGUUAGGAUUGUUAUUUUUAAACUAUUAUCUAGACUUGGUUGUUAAAACCAAAGCAAAGUAAACCGCGGUGGAAAGCACUAUUAAAAGUAGCUUUAGUUUCUUCAUUGUCACAGAUUUAAUACCCAUACACUAUCAUCAGUUUCUAAGGAUUACUUUACACUUUUCAGUGCAUACUUCAAGGAGACCUGAAAGCCGCUGACCAACUGAAAAAGGCGUUCAAGGUUCCAGAUAAAAGGUUUGUAACCUUUUUUUUAUCAGAGACCGUAAACAACGAGACCUUUGACAUCUGAGGGCCCUUUUUUGAAACAACCUUUAGCUUCACCACGUUGAACAAAGGCUUACUUGUUCACACCACUGAUUUGUAGCCUGUGUAGAAUACAUUUGAAGGGGAAGGGAAAUGUGGGAAUUAGGGCGCGUUAGGGAGGAGGAAAUUUAAACGAGGUCUAACUUAGGCCGCGGUUUAGGAAAACAUUGGACUUCCAGAUCCUUUUCUUAAGGGGUUAAUUAAAGAAAAUAAGUGCCUUUCCAGUCUACAGUAUAUACUUUCUUGAGAUUUUUCACGAAAAAUGGUGUUUAGAUAAAAACGUUGAGCAAACUGAAAAUGGCCAAGAACGCGGUUUGGUUAAACACGGGUUAAACUCCGUUUAAACAACUGGCCCAAAUGGUCUCUCUACUUUCAUCCUCGCGCGUCCAUCGCGUUCCCGUUCUCACACGGGCUGUUUCAAAUUAGCCUGUACUAUGUAGAGCUAAGGCUUGCUUGGUCACAUCCUGAUUUGUAGUCUAUGUGGCAAGCAUUUGAGGUGGAGUGAAAGAGAGGGAGGGGAUAAGGGCGCGCGAGGAGGGAGAGAAGAAAGGGUUUCCGUCCUUUUCUCCUCGCGCAUUCAUCGCGUUCUCGUUUUCACACGGCUUGUUUUCGAAAUAGCCUCUAGUUGCACCACGUAGAGCUUAUGUUUGCUAGUUAAAACCACUGAUUUGUAGCCUGUGUGGCAGGCAUUUGAAGGAGUAGUGAAAGGAGGGGGAGGGAAUCAAGACGCGCGAGGAAAAAUAGCAGACAGGGUUUCCUUCCCUUCCUCCUCGCGCGGACAUCGCGUUCACGCGCACCUCAGUUAUUCCUCCUUUUCCUACCCCUUCAAACUCCUUCCUCAUAGUUUAGCUCAUUUGCCGCAUUGUCUUGUCUUUAGGUUUUACUGGCUGAAAGUAAGAUCCUUGACCUUAAAGUCACAACUGGCUGGAACUCGACAAGUUUUCCAAAGCUCGUAAAUCUCUAAUUGGAUACGAGGUAAGUUCACUGACCGUGUUUUCCGAAAUAAUCAAGCAAUGUGCUCAACUAGGGACAGAUACGUGCAAAGCUAAUCCUUUAAACCCUAAAAUCCGGACUCACUUACGCAGGUAAUUUGGGACCUUACAAAACUACGAUGGCGAAAGUAACGGAAAGGCCUAAAACACAAUAGGUUAAUGAAGGAGCGGAACAACAGCUCUACACGUCCAUCAAUCUUUUUUGUAAAUUUUUUUGCCUUUCCCACACAUCUACGAAAGGACAUGACUAAAUUUGAGAAAUUUGAGAAUGGGACUCCCCUUACCUUCAGCUCCAACCUAAUUUCCCGUCUUUUAAGUAACUAGACGAAUUGAAAUGAUGCGAAGUCAAUUUUUCGUCGACCUUUUCAUUGGCGUCGCCGUCAUCAGAUCGUAAGUUAGGGUGGUUAGGGUCUACGCCUUGUUACGGCGGUGGUCAAAACAAGGACAAGUUUGUGAAGAGAAAAAAGGAACCGGAAACGGGUUUGUGCCAGAGUCGAACCUUUCUACAACGGCUCCCUUGAGAGCAAAGUGCCUUUUUUAGAGGAGUUGCAAUUGUGGGGAAUAAGGGGGCAUCUCGGAACACUCCGGAUACCCCCCGGAACAUCCCCCGGAACCUGGCAAAAAGAAACCCUAACCCCACUGUGUAAGAUAUUAAAUGUUUCUAGCGUGAAUGUAUGGAUUGUCUGGCGGAAUAAAAAUCAUGGUCGUCUUAGACAGAUGGCGAUUGGAAGAUUCGUCGGUAUUUAUCAAAAAGCAUUUAUUUCUUUUUUAUUAAAGGCUACGUUCAUGAGUUCCCAUGACUGUAACAUUGUGAAUAACAUUCCAGUGUGAAGACGCUGUAAAUUUUAUUUACAUUGCUUUUUUUACAGCCAUUUUUUGAAGCAUGCCUGGAAUCCAACAACAGAAUAGGAGCGGAGAAAUAUAUCUCCAGAGUUCUUCCCGAAAAUAAAGUGACGUGUUAUAUGUGAAACUCGG